AUGCGUCUCCUAACCCUCCUCACCCUCACCGCAACGACCCUCGCCUUCCCCUCCCCCUCCUCCUCACCCCUCCGCCAACUCAACACCCUAACCAUCGCCUCCGAAUCCUGCGCCUUACCGGACCCCCCAACCAACUGCGCCGGCGCCCAAAUGCGCGACGUCAUCAUCCAGAUCAGCAACCUGAGCGAGAGCCAGCGCAAGACGGUCAUGGAGGCGGUCAAGAGCAGCGGGAGCCAGAUUGUUCAUGAGUAUCCGGGCUUUGGGUUCUCUGGUUUCGUUCCAGUGCCCGUCGUCGAGUUGAUCAGGGCGUCGCUGGAUAAGGUGCAUGUUUAUGAGAAUGCGUGCGCGGAGAUUCCGUGGUGUGGGGAGGCGCCUUGUUAG